CAAUCGUAAAGCCAUACAGAGCCUAUCUAGACCUUUUUUGUGCAGGUUGUUCAGUUUACUUAAUUAAAAUGAACUAAAGCAACACAAUUCUGUCACAACUUUCAUUGUGUUUUAUCCAAUUAAAUCAGUUAAAUUGAAGUUUACUUAAUCCAUUAUAUAUAUAUAUAUAUAUAUAUAUAAAAAAAACUGUCAUAAAAAGAUAAUGCAAUAUCUUGGGAUAAUAUAUGCAAUAUGAGAUUUAUAAACAAUCUUAGUGGGCCAGUUAUUUUUGACCAGACCACAAAAUGUGUUGGCAUAAAACAAACACAGCACAAGGGUUAAAAUGUGUGUCUGUUAGGUUGAGUUUUGGGGGUUACCAUUGUGGUGAAGAAUGGCUGAGGAUGGACUUACACUUUCAAGUGAUGUUUAAUUCGAGUGCUGCAUAGCUAUAUAAGCAGUUGUGAUCAAAUUGACAUUGCAACAUUUUCACUGUCCUUACACUUGCUCACCUGGCAUAUACUAAUGAUUAAUAAAGUUUUAUCAACAUAAGAAAAUUAAACAUUAGUAAAUGAACUUAAAAGUUGAGUUAAAACUACUAUAUUACAUUGAUUUGACCUAAUCCAUCUAAAUUACUGUAUGUUAGCUGAAUGAAACUGACUUAAUUUGGUCGAAAGAAAUUAAAUUGCUUAUAAAAACUCUCAAAUUCAAUUAUGUAAGGGUAAUGACUUCAUUUCUUGAGUACUUCUAGAACUCUUGUCACAUUUUCAGUUCAAUAAUGUUCUUAUGAUUGGUGUCAAAUCUGGCUUAUACCAUGUCCUAACCAGCCAUUUUUAAAAUGGUUUCUAUUUCUGCAAUGUCGUGCCAGCCAGCGCAGUCACCAAAUGGGUCUAAAAUGACUCUUAUAGCAGUAAAGUCGACAACUGGCCAAGGGUGUCACACACCUACAGAAUGUUGUGCUUAAAGUCUCGCUCUCUUCAGCCGGUGUCACACACAUAGGUUCAGAUUCAGAAUGGCAGAGGGGAGACAUCCUGGCUAAUUCCAACUUUCUUUCCGCUUCCCUGUCACGUGGAAAUCGGCUAAAUAACAACAGGAGUACCACGUAAACAAAAACAAUCUUAACAGACUCCAGGGUGUGCUGAGUGACUCCAGCCAGGUCUCCUAAGCAACCAAAUUGGCUCGGUUGCUAGGGAGGGUAGAGUCACAUGGGAUAACCUCCUCCUGGUCGCGAUCAGUGGUUCUCGCGCACAGUGGGGCGCGUGGUAAAUUGUGCGUGGAUUGCGGAGAGUAGCAUGAGCCUCCACAUGCGGAGUCUCCGCGGUGCACAACGAGCCACGUGAUAAGAUGCGUGGAUUGACGGUCUCAGAAGCGGAGGCAACUGAGACUUUUCCUCCGCCACCCAGACUGAGGCGAGUAACCACGCCACCACGAGGACCUACGUGCUACGCAAGUAGUGGGAAUUGAGCACUCCAAAUUGGGAGAAAAGGGGAUCAAAAUAAUAAUAAUAAUAAUAAUAAUAAAUAAAUAAAUACAUACAUACAUACAUAAAUAAAAAACUCUGCAAACUGAUUAGAACAGUGAAACAACGUUUCUCAAUGCAUAAAAUGUUUUAACAGCAAGAGAGUGAGUGGUAACACCACCAACAUUUUCUGAUCGUUUUCCAAUAAUAUUGGAAAAAAGGAUGGUGCCACUAUAUGAGCAACUCGGACUUUUAAUCUAUACUGCAUAUGUUCACUAAGCCGCUUAGAUCCGUCUGUGAGGGGAAAAAAGGAGCGAGAGAGAGAGAGAGAGAGAGAGAGAGAGAGAGAGAGAGAGAGAGAGAGAGAGAGAGAGAGAGAGAUGCAUCAUGCUGCGUUAGGACUUUAUUGGGAAUACGGAAAACAGUCGUGCGCAGCAGCAUUCCCGAACCAAGUCCAGCCCUCGUCCCGUUUCAGACUCCAUCACGACCGACAUGGACCUUGAAGCCGGAGCAAUAAAACUUUGACAUCGCUGAGUCGAUUACAUCGCGUGAGAUGAAAACAAACAGCUCGUGCAAUACAGGAUUUGAAGAUUUUUCACUUCGACCGUGAAAAGGAUGGCAGCAGAACUAUAUUCCGUGAACGAUCCUACCGCUGUGCCGAAGAACGGGACCGUGAUGCUGAACAUACCCGAGAAGAAGAGCGUGGAGCCGGUUACGCAGACCGCCAAGUCCAUCGCCACGACACCGACGACCGAGCAAAACAUCAACAACAACAACGUGGAGAUUCCCAGCUGGCAGUCCGCGCAUCCGACGUUACGCGAAAGAAAUGCACUUAUGUUCAAUAAUGAACAAAUGGCAGACGUUCAUUUCAUCGUUGGUCCCACCGGUGAAUCCGAGAGGGUCCCGGCACACAAAUAUGUGCUGGCAGUGGGGAGCUCGGUUUUCUGUGCCAUGUUUUAUGGGGAUCUCGCGGAAGGGGACUCUGAUAUCCAUAUUCCAGAUGUGGAACCCGCUGCGUUUCUCAUCCUGCUCAAAUACAUGUACAGUGAUGAGAUAGAGCUGUCCGCAGACACAGUGCUGGCUACUCUCUACGCUGCCAAGAAAUACCUAGUGUCUGCACUGGCUCGAGCAUGUGUAGGUUUCCUUGAGACGAGCCUGGAAGCGCGAAAUGCGUGCAUGCUGCUAUCUCAGAGUCGAUUGUUUGAGGAGCCGGAGCUCACUCAGAGGUGUUGGGAAGUGAUCGACGCCCAGGCAGAACUUGCGCUGCGUUGCGAGAGUUUCUCUGAGAUUGACCUGCCCACGCUGGAGAGCAUCCUACACAGGGAGACGAUGAAUGUGAAGGAGGUUGUGGUGUUCCAGGCGGUGUUGUGCUGGGCCAAGGCAGAGUGUAGGAGGCAAGGCCUGAGCCCCACUGCACACAACCAGCGUUCUGUGCUGGGGAAAGCACUGCACCUUGUGCGCCUGCCUGCCAUGACACUGCAGGAAUUUGCAGACGGAGCUGCACAGUCAAAUAUUUUAACCCUUGAUGAAAUAAACAAAAUCUUCCUCUGGUACACGGCUGCUUCAAAACCUUCGCUGGGAUUCCCAGUUAUGGCCAGAAAGGGGCUGGCACCACAACGCUGUCAUCGGUUUCAAUCCUCCGCCUACCGGAGCAACCAGUGGCGCUACCGUGGACGAUGUGACAGCAUCCAGUUUGCUGUGGACAAAUGCGUGUUUAUCGCUGGACUCAGUCUGUAUGGCUCCAGUGGCGGGAAAGCAGAAUAUAAUGUCAGAAUUGAACUGAAGAGACAGGGAGUGCUCCUAGCACAACAUGUGACCAAGUUUGCGUCAGAUGGUUCUAGCUCAACGUUCCCCGUGUGGUUUGAGCACCCAGUACAGGUGGAACAGGACGCAUUCUACACGGUUAGUGCUGUUCUAGAUGGGAGUGAACUAAGUUAUUUUGGACAAGAAGGGAUGACAGAAGUCCAGUGUGGGAAAGUCACUUUUCAGUUUCAGUGCUCCUCUGACAGUACAAAUGGUACAGGGGUGCAGGGGGGUCAAAUUCCAGAGCUGAUAUUUUACGCAUGAGUACUUGGACUGAUCCAUUAGAGAAAAGACAGCAGGGGGAUUAUCCUCUGGAGUAAAUAACUUUUCUAACAAUGUAGCUGCAAGACACUACAGAAUUGAGCCUAGUGAGUUGGGAGAAUUUCCUUUGAUCAGACUCUUUUAUGAUUCACAUAUAAAGGAAUGCUCCUCAAUAUAAUUUAUUUUCUUUAAACAUAUUGUUUUAAAGCAUAUACAGCUGAAGUCAGAAGUUUACAUACACCUUAGCCAAAUACAUUUAAACUCAGUUUUUCACAAUUCCUGACAUUUAAUCAUAGAAAACAUUCCCUGUCUUAGGUCAGUUAGGAUCACUACUUUAUUUUAAGAAUGUGAAAUGUCAGCAUAAUAGUAGAUUUAAUGAUUUAUUUCAGCUUUUAUUUCUUUCAUCACAUUCCCUGUGGGUCAGAAGUUUACAUACACUUGGUUAUUAUUUGGUAGCAUUGCCUUUAAAUUGUUUAACUUGGGUCAAAUAUUUUGGAUAGCCUUCCACAAGCUUUUCACAAUAAGUUGCUGGAAUUUUUGCCCAUUACUCCAGACAGAACUGGUGUAACUAAGUCAGGUUUGAAGGCCUCCUUGCUCGCACACGCUUUUUCAGUUCUGCCCACAAAUUUUGUAUCGGAUUGAGGUCAGGGCUUUGUGAUGGCCACUCCAAUACCUUGACUUUAUUGUCCUUAAGCCAGUUUGCCACAACUUUGGAGGUAUGCUUGGGGUCAUUGUCCAUUUGGAAGACCCAUUUGCGACCGAGCUUUAACUUGCUGGCUGAUGUCUUGAGAUGUUGCUUUAGCCACAUAAUUUUCGUUCCUCAUGAUGCCAUCUAUUUUGUGAAGUGCACCAGUCCCUCCUGCAGCAAAGCACCCCCACAACAUGAUGCUGCCACCCCCAUGCUUCAUGGUUGGGAUGGUGUUCUUUAGCUUGCAAGCCUCACCCUUUUUCCUCCAAACAUAACGAUGGUCAUUAUGGCCAAACAGUUCAAUUUUUGUUUCAUCAGACCAGGACAUUUCUCCAAAAUGUAAGAUCUUUGUCCCCAUGUGCACUUGCAAACUGUAGUCUGGCUUUUUUAUGGCGGUUUUGGAGCAAUGGCUUCUUCCUUGCUGAGCAGCCUUUCAGGUUAUGUCGAUAUAGGACUCGUUUUACUGUGGAUAUAGAUACUUGUCUACCUGUUUCCUCCAGUAUCUUCACAGGUCCUUUGCUGUUGUUCUGGGAUUGAUUUGCAAUUUUCAAACCAAACUACAUUAAUCUCUAGGAGACAGAAUGCAUCUCCUUCCUGAACGGUAUGAUGGCUGCAUGGUCCCAUGGUGUUUAUACUUGCGUACUAUUGUUUGUACAGAUGAACGAGGUACCUUCAGGCAUUGGAAAUUGCUCCCAAGGAUGAACUAGACUUGUGGAGGUCCACAAUUUUUUUCUGAGGCCUUGGCUGAUUUCUUUUGAAUUUCCCAUGAUGUCAAGCAAAGAGGCACUGAGUUUGAAGGUAGGCCUUAAAAUACAUUCACAGGUACACUUCCAAUUCAUUACACCUCCUAUCAAAAGCCAACUGGCUAAUUGUCUAAAGGCUUGACAUCAUUUUCUGGAAUUUUCCAAGCUGCUUAAAGGCACAGUAAACUUAGUGUAUGUAAAUUUCUGACGCACUGGAAUUGUGAUAUAGUCAAUUAGAAGUGAAACAAUCUGUCUGUAAACAAUUGUUGGAAAUAUUACUUGUGUCAUGCACAAAGUAGAUGUCCUAAACGACUUGCCAAAACUAUAGUUUGCUAAUAUUAAAUCUGUGGAAUGGUUAAAAAACAAUGAGUUUUAAUGACUUCAAUCUAAGUGUAUGUAAACGUCUGACUUCAACUAUACUUUAAUUUAAGCUUAUUUUAUUUCUAAUUAUUCAUAAUCUGCCUGUGUACAGUAGAAAAUGGGCAGUUUGCACUUGAAAAUAGACAGCUCUGUCAUAUCAUUUAAUGGUUAUUUGUCGACAGCUUAAUGCUGAAUGUCGAAAAACUGAGGUUUUAAGAGCCUGAAAAUCAUAAAACAUUUUGCUUCUAUAAAUCAAACAGUAAUACCUGGUCUUUUGUCUGAUGUACAGAUAAGACUUGUUUAUACUGUUUAAAACUGGGUAAGUGAUGUCCUUUAAGUCUAAAAUUUUUUGGCCUUAAGAAUCUUAAAAAAUUAGAUGUGUGUUUGUUGUCGGAGCAGAAAAACUGAACACUAGAUUUGCACAAAUCUAUCUAGUGUUUAUUUCAGGUC